AUGUCGUCAGGUCUCGGCUUGGAGGUCGUGUCGAUUGUCAACAAAUUGCAGGAUGUGUUCUCUGCCGUCGGCUCCAGUGCAUCUCAGAUCGACCUGCCACAGAUAUGCGUAGUGGGAGCCCAAUCCAGCGGCAAGAGUAGUGUUCUAGAGAAUAUUGUCGGUCGCGAUUUUCUCCCUCGUGGUUCUGGUAUUGUGACGCGUAGACCAUUGGUGUUGCAAUUGGUUAAUCGUCCGAUACCUGGGGCCCAGCCAAAUGGAGCUGCGCCACCCACCUCGCCUCCUGCACAACAGACCAAUAAUAAGGGAGGGAACGAGACCAAUGAACACGAAUGGGGCGAGUUCCUCCACCUACCAGGAGAAAAGUUCCAUGACUUUACCAAGAUUCGGGCUGAGAUCGUCAAAGAUACCGAGCUCAAGACAGGAAAGAAUGCAGGCAUUUCUCCCGUUCCCAUCAACUUGAGAAUCUUUUCUCCCAAUGUGCUCACACUCACUCUCGUCGACUUGCCGGGUCUCACCAAGGUUCCCGUUGGUGAUCAACCACGAGAUAUUGAACGUCAAAUCAAGGAUAUGGUAAUGAAGUAUAUUUCUAAACCAAAUGCGAUUGUCCUUGCUGUUAGCGCUGCAACUACCGAUUUGGCCAACUCGGAUGGUCUGAAGCUUGCACGCGAGGUGGAUCCUGAAGGGACGCGCACUAUUGGUGUGCUCACCAAGAUUGACCUCAUGGACCCAGGAACCGAUGUCGUUGACGUACUGGCAGGAAGAGUUAUUCCUCUUCGCCUUGGUUAUGUACCAGUCGUCAACAGAGGUCAAAGGGAUAUCGAACAGAGCAAGGCCAUUGCCGCUGCGCUUGAGCAUGAACGGAGCUUCUUCGAGAACCAUCCAAGCUACAAGGGCAAGAGCCAGUACUGUGGAACUCCCUUCCUAGCUCGCAAGUUGAAUAUGAUUCUCAUGCACCACAUUCGUGCCACACUGCCGGAUAUCAAAGCCCGCAUUCAACAGCAGCUGCAAAAGUAUAACGCUGAGUUGCAAACGCUUGGAGGACCGAUGGGCGACUCGAACUCGUCCGGCGUAGUGCUCAACGUUAUUACGGAAUUUACCUCUGAAUUCAGAACUAUGAUCGAUGGCAAUACAAACGAUUUAUCUCUCAACGAACUCUCUGGCGGUGCUCGCAUUUCAUUCGUCUUCCACGAGCUAUACAAUAAUGGUGUCCGGACCAUUGAUCCAUUCGAUCAAGUCAAGGACGGUGACAUUCGUACGAUCUUGUACAACUCUUCCGGCUCAACUCCCUCUCUCUUCGUGGGCACUACGGCGUUCGAAGUCAUUGUAAAGCAACAGAUCAAACGACUCGAAGAGCCGAGCAUGAAGUGCUGCCAGCUAGUUUACGACGAGCUAGUUCGGAUUCUGGGUCAAUUGUUGAAUAAGAUUCAAGCAUUCAAGCGUUACCCACAGCUUCGAGAUCGGUUUAACUCGGUCGUAAUCAACUUUUUCAAGAGCUCGAUGGGACCAACGACCAAGCUUGUUACAGACAUGGUUGCCAUGCAAGCUUGCUAUGUUAACACAACGCAUCCUGAUUUCUUGAACGGACACAAGGCCAUGUCUAUCGUCACCGAGCGAUUGAACGCAAAUAGGCCCAGUACCCCUGCUGACAACCACAAGACCGGCAAACUCGCUCCUGGUACAAUUAACAAUAAUAAGGACCUUGACGUUGAAGCCAAGAAGGAGGAACCCAGCUUCUUCGGUAGCUUCUUCUCCGGGAAUAAGAACCAGCCGAAGAAGAAGGGCGCUGCAGUCAUGGAGGCGCCACCUGCGGUUAUUCGCCCCCAAGCCCAGUUGAGUGAUAGGGAGACGAUGGAAACGGAAGUCAUUAAGCUGCUCAUCACUUCCUACUUUAACAUCGUCAAGCGUGAAAUGAUCGACAUGGUUCCCAAGGCUAUCUCCUUGACCUUGGUCAAUCAUUCCAAAGAGAACCUCCAGCGUGAACUCCUCCAGGAAUUGUACAAACCUGAUGUUUUGGACGAGUUGCUCAAGGAGUCCGAUUACGUGGUCAGCAGGAGAAAGGAGGUAGUCCAGAUGCUUGGUGCUUUGAACAAGGCGGAUGAGAUUGUCGCUUCGGUCUAG